AUGUUUGGCAAUGCAAAGGACGACGAGAGUCCCGCCGUCGACACCCCUGCCAACCAUGACGCGCCCAAACCCGCAGCCCCAGUGGCGGACAACGCAGCUGCUGCACCGACAAACACAACCAGCAACGGCUCCGCUUCCAUAGAUCGCAAGCCCAGUGACGCUUCCGCCCCCACCGAGAGAAAACGACGGAGUAGUGGCGUAUCGCGUGCCCGCGACAUGUUCUCGAGCGCGAAACAGUCGCUGCACCUAGGCGGCUCUUCUCCCACCAACACGACCAACAACACCAUGACCGAAAAGGCCGCCCCCCAGACGCCCAUGCAGAAGCUGGGCAAGUCGGAUGCUGCCCUCAGUGUCCCCCAGGGCUCCCUCAACAACUCGGCUGGCGAGUCGGCGCCCGGCCCACGAUCUACCUUCCGCGUCGGUGUCACAGAGGAUAAGAACAAGAAGUGCAGACGAACGAUGGAGGAUACCCACGCAUACCUGUACAACUUCUUGAGCACCCCAGCGCCCUCGUAUGCCGCCGACAAGGCCCGCGCCAUCUCCGACGCCAGCUCCACUCAGUCUGACCCUCUGUCGCAAGCCGUAGUUGAGACGGACAACGGAUACUUCGCCAUCUUUGACGGACACGCCGGAACCUUCGCUGCCGACUGGUGUGGAAAGAAGCUUCACCUGAUCCUGGAAGAGACAAUCCGGAAGAACCCCAACACCCCGAUACCCGAGCUGCUCGAUCAGACCUUCACUGUCGUCGACCAGCAGUUGGAGAAGCUUCCUUUGAAGAACAGUGGUUGUACCGCGGUCAUUGCAGUUCUGAGGUGGGAGGACCGAGUACCUAAUGCGCAAUCGUCCACCGGCUCAGUGCUCUUUGCACCCGCGGCUGUAUCGGCUAUCAAGCACGCAGGCGAAGGCGGCGAGGCUACCGAUUCCGCUGUGGAGCCCGCGGCUGAACAGCAAGUCGAGGCGAGAUUACGCAACGAGGCCAGCCGACAGCGCGUGCUGUACACCGCCAACGUAGGUGAUGCGCGUAUUGUCCUCUGCCGCAAUGGCCGAGCGCUGCGCCUCUCCUACGACCACAAGGGCAGCGACGAGAACGAGGGACGCCGUGUUGCUAGUGCCGGCGGCUUGAUUCUCAACAACCGCGUUAACGGCGUCCUUGCUGUCACACGAGCACUGGGCGAUGCCUAUAUGAAGGACUUGGUCACCGGACACCCGUACACCACCGAGACUGUGAUUCAGGCCGAGCAGGACGAGUUUCUCAUUCUCGCUUGCGAUGGUCUCUGGGAUGUCUGUUCCGACCAGGAAGCCGUCGACCUAGUCCGCCAAGUUCACGAUCCGCAAGAAGCCUCCAAGAAGCUCGUCGACUACGCCCUCGCACGCUUUUCGACCGACAACCUCUCCUGUAUGGUCGUUCGCUUCGACAACAAGGCUCUUCGGCAGCGCAAGAACGACGCCGCGAUGGGUGUGGACGGUGACCAGUCGACCAUGAAGGGCGGAAUCACCGAGGCAGACGCCAUCGUAGCACAAGCGAAGAAGUCAAUUGGCGAGCCUGAGAUACCGGUCGAAGCAGCGGCACAGGAAAUUAUUAUGGAGGAGGCCGAGGCUGAGCCCGGUCCUGAGCUCAACUUGGACGCCGCAAAGGCAGCCAGGAAACACGACGCAUAG